AGCUCCACAGAAAAUUGCUGCAGAGCAAAAUUGUUUUGAAUUCUUUCAAAUUGUGGGUCAUUUUUCUCUGAGAGUAGGAAUGAUGCAUAGUAAUUUAUAACUGACUUGAAUAAGCAACAUCUCAAUGCUAACUAAACACACAGCCCUUUAAUUUUAGCUGAAGCAUCUUCAAAUAAUUGACAGAUUUUUGCUUAUAUUAAAAAAUGAUGAAGUAAUUGUAAACAAUUUUAGGAUUUCUUAUAGCUUAAUAUUACUGUUUCUAUAAUAGUGGCGCCACAAGCUUUAUCAUUAGAAUGUUCAGCAAUCGUCCUCCUGAAGGAUACUGUCAUGGCAGUGAUCUUGCUGCUCGUCUCCAGACCGCUCUUGAUGAAGAUGAUGCCUCUGAUGAUGAAGUCUUCUAUCCAAGCUCUAAAAGUUCUGAUGCAGACUCUCAAAGGGAGCCCCGUGGAGGUACUCCACCUUGUCUGUCUAAACCUUUCUCUGCUGUAACUCCUUCCAUGUGGCCUCAAGAUUUAACUUCCUUCACCUCACUGGAUCACCACAAGGACCCCAACCAUCAGCCUGAAUACCGAUUUGAUGAGUUUGGCUACAAAGUUGAAGAAGAAGACGGGCCUGAGCAGAGCAGCAGGAAAUUGCUCAGUCAGCCUCUCACCGAGGACCCUUUACACAAGUUAAGGUGGGCUGCUGAACUGAACCUAAGCUCAUGUGAUGGGGAGGGUGAGGUGUGCUGGGAUGCUGUGCCCGCAACACUGCCACGAACAGACAAACUCUGCUCCCUCGUCAGGCAGGGCGUGCCACACUCGUUCAGACCUCAGGUCUGGAUGCGGCUUGCAGGUUCCAUGAAAAAGAAGCGCUCGGCCAAGGUACGUUAUGAGGAACUCGUGUCAGCCUCCAGCAGCGACAUUCUCUCCACCAACCGACAGAUCGAGAAAGACCUUCUAAGGACCCUGCCCAGCAAUGCUUGUUUUUCUCAUGCGAAUGCAACAGGCGUGCCCAGGCUACGUCGCUUGCUGAGAGCCAUGGCUUGGUUCUUCCCUGACAUUGGCUACUGCCAGGGCAUGGGCAUGAUAGCUGCCAAUUUACUUCUUUUCCUCGAGGAAGAAGAUGCCUUUUGGCUGAUGUGCACAAUCGUCGAGGAUCUCUUGCCUGCUUCUUACUACAGCUCCACUCUCAUGGGUGUGCAGGCUGAUCAGCGUGUCCUACAGUCCCUGGUGUUGUCGUUCCUGCCGAACUUGGCGUCAGUGAUCGCCGAGCACGACAUCGAGUUGUCACUCAUCACGCUGCACUGGUUUGUGACGGUCUUUGCUUCAGUGCUGCAUGUUAAACUCCUCGUGCGUGCCUGGGACCUUUUCUUCUCUGAGGGAAGCGUUGUGCUCUUCAAACUUACCCUUGCAAUGCUCAAGAUCAAAGAGGCUGAGAUCAGAUCUCUGGACAAUUCUGCGGACAUUUUCAACGCUCUGUCGGACAUCCCACGCGAUUUAGAUGAUGCUGACUGCCUUAUUAAAAUGAUGGAGAGCGUAAGCAGCGGUGUGUGUGAGGUGAUGGUGGAGACCCAGCGUCGUCAACAACUGGCCGCCAUCAUGCAUGAGCACGGUACCCUCAUCAACCUUCAUCAUCCGCCCCAGCAUCUCCCCAAGCAGCACCUUAAUCGGCGGGAACUGAGCCACAGCGGCUCGUCCUGGCUGCUGGCGGGGCUGCUGGGCGACGCAGACGACGACGUGCGCACCAAGAACGUCAGGCAGACGGAGCUCAUGGUCGACCUGAGGGAGGCUGUGCUCCAGAUAGCUCGUCACUUCCAGAGCUUGGAGCCGUCGCUGUGCCAUGUUUCGCUGGUGCCGGACUACAGCCUCGCGUCGCAUAGCCGCGACCUGCCGCGCUUUAUGGCCACCGCCGCCGCCAGGAGGCGAAGAGCCAAGGCUUUGUUAGAUUUUGAACGUCAUGACCAGGACGAGCUUGGCUUCCGCAAGAACGACAUCAUCACAAUCAUCUCGGAGCGCGACGAGCACUGCUGGGUGGGCGAACUCAACGGCCUCCGAGGUUGGUUCCCGGCGAAAUUCGUAACGGUACUGGACGAGCGCAGCAAGCAGUACAGCGUCGCUGGGGACGACUCGGUCACGUCCCACGUCACCGACCUCGUGCGGGGCGGCCUCUGUUCGGCCAUUAAAGCUCUUCUCCUGCACGGCAUGAGGAGGUCUCCUCUCUUGGGCGGGGGUGUCUGGCAUCCAUGGCUGUUCUUGGAAGAAGCAGCUAACCGCGAAGUAGCGCCCGACUUCCCGUCCGUGUACUCACGGCUGGUUUUGUGCCGCACGUUCCGGCUGGACCAGGACGCUAAGGUCCUGCAGCCUGAGGAGCUUCUCUACCGCUGCAUCGAGGCCGUCAACGCGAGCCAUAACGCCGCGCACGCUCAGAUGGACGUCAAGUUGAGGUCCCUCGUCUGCAUGGGCCUCAAUGAACAGGUACUGCACCUCUGGCUAGAGUGCGUGUGCUCGCAGUCUGCCGUGGUCGAGAAGUGGUAUCAGCCUUGGUCGUUCAUGCGUUCCCCAGGAUGGGUUCAAAUCAAGUGCGAGCUCAGGGUGCUUGCAGCGUUCCCUUUCAACCUCAACCCUGAGUGGGAACUGCCACAACCGCGACGGUCAACUGAAGACAUGACAGGGUCCCGCAUCAGUGUGCUAGGGAGCGGUGCCGUGAGCAGACGUUCGUUCCGACGCAGCAGCAGCACCAACAGCCUCUCGAGUACCUUCGACUACUCAUCAGCUGGAGCGUCUAAGCAGCCACUGAGAGAGGGUGUCAGGGACAUGCUUGUGAAACAUCAUCUUUUCUCCUGGGAUUUGUAGUUGUGAGUCACCUAUCAACCUAUACUCAGUAUCUUGCAGAAUUUAUCUUAGAAAUUACCGAACAAUAGAUCGCAUCCAAAGUCACGGGUAUUAUUUGAUUUGAAGACUUUUUGAUAUAGUAUAAACAAAAGACAGUCGAACAACCGUUCCCUUCCUUAAUUUCAUUCAAUCCGUCCAGUUUUUAUUUCUCAGCCUAUGAUGCCCAUUCCUCUAUAGCUUCUGCCUCUUCUCGUCGGUGUUACUCCAGGGAAAGUCCACGUUAUAAUUUGAGUUGCCAUAACGGUCGAGUAUUUUGCGAGAAGAAACUUGAGUCGAUUCAAGUUGAAUAUAUAUUGUAUGAGCUCUCCUACGAUGGAACUUGUCAGCACUCUUGUGAUUAGAUAAACAUAUAUCGCGUCAUUUGACCAGUCAGUGGCCGCCCGGGUUUUUUAAAAUUAUAUAUUAUUUAAUCUAAUUUUAAAUGCCGGUAUUGCAAGUUGGUUGUCUAUUAAGACUUAUUCUCUGCCUAUUACCAAUCAGAUCACAGCCAUUAGAAGUUAUCUCUAAAUCUGAGUGUUUCGUAUUGCUAGCGGUUUAUUCCUGGAUUCUUUCGUUGUUGCUCUCGUAUUACGCGUUUUCGCUUAAUGGAACAACGGGUAAUUCCUCAAAUAUAUUUGCAUAGUCGAUAAGUUUCCGUGUAGAUAUAUGCUUAUGGGCACGGAACAUGUAUUAAUGUGCAACAAAUGCUAGUCAAAUGCUUUCAUUGCGUAAUAAACAGUCAAGUUCGAACGCAAUAUGUAGUUGAGGUAGAUGCAAGAUUCCUCUCUUGCCAAGCGUUGUGUGUGCAAUUUUAUUUUAGCCGAUCUUUGUGCAGGUAUAUUUUAUUGUGUGUC